AUGGGGCCCGGCGGAGAGGGACGGCUGGUUCACCCCGAAGCGAGUACUGCCAAGAGAUGCAAGGACAAGCACCUGGAGGAGGCUCUCCUGCUGUCACGGGCGCUGAGCGAGGCUCUGCAGGCACUAGGUGAGGCGGAGGCACGGCUCCUGCUCCGCUGUGUCCUGGCUUUCCAGAUGGAGGCAACUGGCAGCUCCAGCUCCUUCCAGAAACUGGAACAGAUAGUGACCCAGCUGGCGGUGGGGAAGGAGGCCCUGCUGGCCCAGGAGGUGGGCGUGCUGCUGGCCGGCCUGGCACUGCAGGGAGAGGUGCUGUCUCCUGGGGACCUUCAGUCAGUGUGCAUGUUCAUGGAGGAGAGCAGCCUGGGCCGGCAGCACUGGCGGCAGAACCUGGCUCCACUGCUGCAGCUCCUGGCCGCCACCUUGUGCUGGGUGCUGCAGAGCCAGCCUGCGCCCGGCAGCACGUGGGGCUACCUGGCUGUCAAGGCCUGCCUCCAGCUCUUCCAGGCACUGCCGAAGGAUGUGGCCCCCCUGGUGUGGAGCACAGUGGGGAAGAGUGAAGCCCUGCAGAGCCUCUUGGGGCUGCUGUUGGAGGUGGUGUGGGGGAAGGCCCUGAACAAGGAUGCACGGCUGCUGGCGGGUACAGCCCUGAGCAUGCUGGUGAACACAGCCCCCCAGCCCGAGCAUGGGGCCAGCGCCGUGCUGGCUCUCUUCCAGCUCCCCAACCAAGCUGGCGCCAGGGAGCUGAAGUUUGGUGAGCUGGUGGUAGAGGUCCCCCCUGUCCUCAAGCCAGAUGGGCUGGAGAAGCUGGUGCUCACCAGAGGUUUGCUGACAUGCUGCAAGGCGAACAUCCUCAGCUGCCAGCUGGAGAGCUUCACCCACAAGGCCUGCCUGCUGCUGGAUGUGAUCUUCCCCGCUGUGCGGGCCCUGACCAAGGAGCAGGACUGCCACUACUACUGCUUCCAAGCUCCUAACCCCAUGGUUACCGGCCAAUACCGAAAGUCCACGACCAUGGGAAAGCAAAAGAGAACCCACCCUCACCUCUCCUGCUUGCCAUCCUUCUCCCCCCAGGUGGAAGGGGUGUCUGAGUCCAUCCACAGCUCCUUCCGACUGCUCCUGGAGAUCUACCACCUCGAGUGCCAGCACUUCCAUGACCAGGAGAGACCCCUCUACCAAGAGAUGCUGCAGAAGGUCAUCUCAAUGCCGUGGCAAAUCAAAGCCAGAUACGUGCCCCUGUGUGCCAUUGUCCCGUAUGUGGGCAGCCAGCAGGUGCUGGAUGCCUACCCAGAACUGCCUCAGCACCUCCUGAGCUGCCUCUCCACCAACCACCUGUGUCCUGCAGCCGCUGAGGUCUACAAGGCCCUGGUGCGGCAGCAGCAUGCCGAGCAGCAGGAUGGGCGGCCGGGCAUGGGGCUGGCUCUGGCGGAGCCGUGGGCGCUGCGCUGGCUGCCCCUGCUCUCCCAGGCGCUCCGCUCCCCCCUGCCCAUCCUGCAGAGCAACGCCGCCAACCACCUCCUGGCCUGGACCCUGCGGCAGCUCCCAGCAGCCCAGGCACCACUGGCCACCCAGUGCAGCGGCCGGGACGCAGCAUCGCUCCAGGCUUGGGUCUUGCUGCUGAAGGCGCAGAAGAGCGUGGUGGGGGCCCUGCCGCUGCAGGGCAAGGUGCUGGAGCGGCUCUGCUGCUGCCUGGGCGCCCGCGAGGAAGGCGUUCGGCUGGCGGCGCUGGGUCUCCUCUGCUGCAGCCCCAGCACCAACCAGCCCCUCUCGGGCACCGAGGUGCGGCUGCUGCGGGAAUUCUUGCCCCUCAACCUCAACUGCGACUCCUCCUCGUUCCGGCAGCUGCUGCAGGCAGCGGUGAGGAAGGCGCUGGUCCAGCUGCGGGACAGCUCGCUGGCCCAGCUUCGAGGGAAGGAGCCCCAUGGCACCGAGAUGGGCAAGGGAGCGGGGCAGCUUGCCCAGGCAGUAGGGUUUGUGGAGUGGCUGCUGCAGCUCAGCAUCGCCUCACUCAGCCCAGGCUCCAACUACCAGAGGAAGAAGACGGCCCUGCUCCUCCUGGCUGCUGUUCUGGAGACCUGCACAGACACCUGGAGCCCCGCCAGGAAGAAAGGCCAGCCCCCACGGACCAUGGCCACACUGCUGAGCUACACCAGGCAAAGCGGCUGCUGGGACUUCUUCUCUCAGCCCAAUUUGUUGGCGCUGCUGAGCUGCUUGCAGGAAAGCAGUAAUGAGGUGAUCCUGAACGGUCAUGAAGCCGCCUGCCUCAGCCCCGAGCGGGCUCACAGCGCAAGGGUGGAGGCUUCCCCUCCUCCCUGCCCCAGUUGCUUUCCCCUCCAUCUUGUGUCCCAAUUUCCCCCACCACCACCACCUCUCCUGUCUUGGCAGAUCAGGGACUUGGCCUCCGAGCUGCUCAUCCGCUACUUCCCUGCCACAUUCCCCGAGCCCAUCGCCCUGGCUCUCUUCCAGCUGGCCCAGGAAGCCCUGGGCAGCCCGCGAGUGCAGGAGGCUGAAGCCGGAGCCGUGCUGAUGAAGACCAUCCUGCAGAAGUCAGACAGUGACACCAUGAAGAGCCUGGCCCUGGAAGCCGAAGCAGCCCCCACGCUGCCCAACCGAGGCCUCUGCUUUGCUCAGCACCUUCUCCAUGUGCUGCAAGCCCAGUACGCCGCGGCAUGCCAGGACCUGCUGCAGGCAGCAGCCACCGCACCGAUGCACGGAGCCAUCGCCGCCCUGCGGAGGUGCCUGCUCCAGGUGCCAGAGGUGGCGGCCUCCAUGCGGGCAGCAGAGUCAGCGCAGAGCUGGCAGGAGCUCCUCACCCGCCUCAUCACCACAGUGAGGGACAUCACCUCCUUCCUCCUGGGCGCUCUGCAGAGCCAGCAAGGCCCCGGUGCCAAUGAGCAAGCUGCUGCCCCAUCGUUUGCAGACAUGGGGAAUGCCAUCGGCUCCCUCAUCACACUGGGGAAAAGCCGGGGGCAGCAAGAGGAGGAGGAGGACUCAGUCCUGCUGUCAGAAGAGCACAGCCUGAUCCUGACCUGCUGCUGGGUAUCAGUGAAGGAGAUAGGACUGCUCCUGGGCGGCCUGGCCGAGCUGCUGCUGGACCCAGCGCUGCCAGCCGGAUCAGGGCCCCUCUUGCCGCUCCCCACCCUGCAGACGGCUGCAAGGGUCUUCCAGGAAAUCCUGCUGCGGUGCCGGCACUGGGGAGCAGUGGAGGGCUGCAGCAUGGGCUUCACCAAAUUUUGUGCUGCUCUGUUGAACCACCCAGACACGGAGCUGCAGGCAAUCCCGCAGACCAUGCUGGAGCAGGGCUUAGAAGCCCUGAGCGGACCCCGUAGCAGCUCGAUCACACGCCGUGCUGCUGGCUUCCCCAUGCUCUUCCUCUGCAUCGUCAGCGGGGAGGCCCCAGCGCAGGCACGGCCACUGCUGGCCCGCUGUGUCCAGACGCUGCUGGCCUUGGCCACCACAGCCCUGCCGCAGGACUGGGACCAGACCCUCGACCUCCCGCAGGUGUGUGCCUUCCACGUGCUGCAGACGCUGGUCCGUGGUGCAGGGCUGGGCGGCGCGCUGCUGCGGCACGCUGCGCCGAUGCUGUCGACCGAGGCGCUAAGCCCCGUGGCUCUGCAGCUGGAGGCGCGGGGCUGGCUGCUCACCCCUGCCCAGCGCUGCCCGCUCGUCCGUGCCGCCUUUCUCCAGGUCCUCGCCCUCCUACCAGCAUCCCUUAGUCCCAGCUUUGCCCAGAGCAUCCGUGAUGCUGUCAGCACUGAGCUGGGCAGCCUCCCACCGGGGGGAAAGCUGGGAUGUGCCGAGCUGCAGGUGGGCUCAGCCAUCCUCCACCAAACCAUGGCCCGCUUCUUGUGCAGCGAGGCAGCCCGGCUGGCAGACGGCGAGCGGAUUGGCACCAUCUGCUCGCUUCUUCGGCAGCCGAAUCCCGACGUCCAGCUUGCCAUCCUGAGCUGGGUGCUUGCUGGGGAGAGAGGAACGUGCGAGGAGCUGGAGAAGGCUCUCAGGCUGACACUGCUGGAGAGCUUGGGGUCGGUUCUGCAAGAGAGAAGGGACAAAGAGUUCCUGAGGUUGUACCUUGAGGCUUUGCUGCAUCUUUACAGAGACCCCUCGUCGUGGUCCCAGGAAGCUUCCCGAAAGCUCCAGGGCUCUGCAGCAGCAUGCCUGGAGAUGCUGCUGCACAUGCUGGAGGCUGAGUGUCCUGGCCCCGACCUCCUCUUCCAGGCACUGUGUGCUGCCAGCCUGCUGCUCGCCCACCGGUUUGAGGAUGAGGAUGGCACCCUGGUCGAGCGGUGGUGCACGGCGGUGGAGGCGUGCAGCCAGUCUGCUUCCUACGAGGUGCUGCGGCUGGCGGCUGCCCGCUCCCUGCAGGCGGCGGGUGCCGACGUGGUGCAGCGAUCCCUGCGGGCUGGCUGCAGCUCGCUCGUCCCCGUGGCUCUGCGGCUGAUAAACGUGGGCAUUCACCUUCUGCAAGAUGAGGAGCGGGAGGUCCGGCACGAGGCCUCGGGUUUCGCCAGCCUCCUGCGGCAGGACCCCGGCGAGCCGCUCCCAGACCGCUGCGGUUUUACGCUGCAGGUGCUGGGGGAAGGUGCUGCUGCCGUGCCGGGGCUGGGCUGCGGCGCGCAGGAGCUGGAGCAGGAGCUUGAGGUGGUGCAGGGGCUGCUGGUGCAGCACGGGCUGGCCCCCGUGCUGAGCCAGGGUGAUGUGCUGGGGGAGCUGGGACCACCGUCCAGGGCUGCCUGA